CAUCCUAUAAACAUGAGCAUGAAGUUACUAAGUUUUGUUCGGCAAGUUAUGCAAAUUCGUUACUGCACUUAUACAAAUUCGUAACUCUCAAUAAAAAAAACUUUAAAGAGAUACAUUAAACUUGUAUUAAAAAGACUUAGUGAAGUAUGGAUUUUAGAAUCUUCUUCGUGGCAGCUAUUUUUGGAACUGUUCUUGCUAAACGUGCAAGUAAUAUUUACAUCCCGCUUGUUAAAAUUGAGACUGACAACAGUGAAGAAUCUGAUAGUCAAUGUGUUACGAAAGAAUACAUUGACGAAGUGUAUGCUAACAUAUCAAAACGUAUCGAGGAACAAGAUCGCAAAUGUCAUUCGGAUGAAAAAGAUUAUGCCACGAAAGGAGACUUAGCAGAAUUUAGUAGAAAAUUGAUUGCUAACAUUUCUAACAUGUUUAUGGAACAACUUAAAGCAAAACCAAUUGACUGUGAAGAUAUUCGAAACGACGGUAACCUAAGUACUGGAAUUUACACCAUAUACCCAUAUCAGCGAGCAGGAGGAAUUUCAGCUAGAUGCGAUAUGGACACAUCAGCUGGCGGAUGGACUGUUAUACAAAGGAGAGUUUCUAACAGUAGCUUUUAUAGGACUUGGGAUGAGUAUGAAACCGGCUUUGGUAAACUCAACGAGAACUUCUGGCUUGGAAAUCGAAAUAUACAUUUAAUCACGAAUCAAGGUAAAUACGAACUUCGUGUUGACCUUACUAGUACUGAUGGGGAAACGGCUUAUGCUCAGUAUCGUGAAUUUUCUGUUGGUAAUGCCGAGUCUGGUUACAAGCUGUUUGUCAAGGGCUAUAGUGGUACUGCCGGUGAUUGUCUUACGGGACAAAAUGGAAUCAAAUUUUCUACCUACGACAAAGACAACGACAUCGACAGCGGAAGGAACUGUGCGGUGACAUUUCACGGUGCUUGGUGGUACACUGACUGUCAUUCUUCAAAUCUAAAUGGCGAUUACGGCAACACCGACUACGCCAAAGGUCCUGUCUGGAGUUCAUGGAAAGGACAUUAUUCUCCUAUGAAGACCACGGAAAUGAAGGUUCGCCGAAAAGGAUAAUGUGUAUGACUGACGGAAGUUCAUUAUUAACUUAUACGUGUACUUACAUUUAUUAGAUAAUGUAUUAAAACUAUAGAUAGUAUGUUUUGUCAUAAACUCGUUUUUAUUGUCAGUUAAUUUAUAACAGAGUUGGAAACGUCAAUAUUUUACAUGUUGAUAUCUGAAUUUCAUGUCGGGUGCGUGAUAUGAUUUUAAUGUGCGUCAUGAUUGUUUAUGUCAGUAUUGCCAGUUUUAAUUAGCUUUGCAUCGAGAAGUAUUCACUCGUCCGUAAACGAAUUAAUAUUGCCUCCAGAAGUCGCGCAAUAUUCCCACUGCAGAAAUCGUGAAUAUUUCUCGAAAGAAGGUCAAUAACCUAUGAAUAUUAUAUGCAUUUCGUGGACAAAAUUCAGUCAAAACAAAUGUUUGUCCCACUCAGUCCAGUAUAAUAUUUUUUGGCGCUAGUUAAAAUUGAACAAUAACUUAAAAUGAUCGUCCUUUCAAUCACAAAUUAUUAUAUAAGCCCCUACGUAAUUGAAUGAUAUUUUGUAACGAUAGCAAUAAAAUAGAUUGAAACAUUUUCACUUAUUAAUAUACGUUUUGCAACUCCUGUAUCCAUUGACAGUGAGUAUUAUUUAUAUUAACUGUAAAAAAGUUCUGCUUAAAUCGGAAACUAAUUUUUUUUAAAAAAUUCGCUUCAGCAUUCUAACCUGAUAUAUAUUAUGCAUGCCUCGCUAGAAAUAUUUAGUUCAACAAAUUUGUUCUGCUUAUUUUAUGUUACAAUGAUAAUAUAUAACAGAAAUUUUAUAUAUAUCCAACGUGAUAUCAUUUAUAGCUUACACCGCUUGUUGUCUUUGUAUGUGCUUAAUAUGAACCCGAGCUUAGUUCAAAUUUCCAUAUAGAGGGGAUAUUGCACGAGUAUCUUUUCAUAUUUGAUAGAAACGUUGAAAAGAGGAUAUCAUCAAAGUAUAUGCAUGUAUCGAUGCUUGGUAACGCAAAUAAAAUUAUCUUAUAAAAAUUUUACGAUUGAAAAACAAGACAUGUGUUUUGAAUCUCAUGACUCACAUUUUCUGUUAACAUUAUGUUUUACAUAUAUAUCAAAAUAUUGUUAGGUGGGCCAGUGGUAACACGCUUGACUUUCAAUCCAGAGGUACGGGGUUCGAAUCCCGCCCAUGCACUGGAAAUUUCUGAGAUGUUCUUGAGUGUCUCCCACCUAACUUAGAGGCCUGUACUGGUUCUUCCCAGGAAAGACGGUUUCGCGUGUAUCGGUGCUAUACGCUGGGCACGUUAAAGAACCAGACUGUCUAUUCGCAAAGAGCUUGGUUAAGUUUGCCGGACACGUCUGUAUCUUAAUAGUUCUCUCUAUCUGUUCUGGAGGCUUUGUCUUACUCUGUUCCUCUGGUCAGAUCGCUCUGUGUCUGUACUAGUAGAGGAUGAAUUUUGCGUCCUGUGUGGCUGCCUUUGCUAUAUGUAAAGCGCCUUUGAACGCGUUUAUCAUGAAAAGGCGCUAUAUAAAUUUUGUAUAAUAAUAAUAAUAAUAAUAAGAAGAAUAAUGAAUUUUUAGCUUGCAUUAAACAAAUCAAAUUCGCAGGUGGGCAACUCGAAAUUUUGCUUAGUGAAAGAUGUAAAUUUAAUCUGUCUAAUAUGUUGUUAGAAGGUAAGAACCAACGAGAUCACUGAUUGGUUAAAAAAGUAUAUGGUAUUCCGCGGUGUAUAUUACCAUGUAAAGUGAUCUCCCACUGGUGUAAAAUAUGUUGGGUGUGUUUAAAAACUAGCUUAUUUCAUAAAAUAAAACUGUAAUAAAUGAUUAGUGGCUAAAAUAAUAUGGAGUGACGCAUUUUGUGUGAGAAAUAUGCAUGUUUUACAAUUAGAGCAUUGUCAUGAAAAAUAAUAAAAAAAUACUACCGGACUAGGGGUAACCGAGUUCAAAGAGAAAAAAGGUGUCCAAAAGUGAUGGUCAACAUGUACAUUGCCUGCAGGUUUUCGAUAGUUCUUGGAUAGUUCUUUCAUUCUGAGUAGGUGGCAUCAAAAGUUUAAAUGUUAGAAAAGGCCCAUGACCGGAAACAUUACAAUGUGGGCCUAUGAGUUGGUUCCAUAUGACCAAAUAAUAGUGCAAGCAAUAAAAUCACGAUACCUUA